AGUUUGCUGUACCCAUAUGGCAAUAAUGUUGGGGACACAAAGUUUAAUGCUGAUGGGAGAGAUGUCAAUUCACAGUUUAUCAUGCCACCGAUGGGAUUCCCAUUCCUUGGACAGACAUAUCAUAAAAUUUAUUUUUCAGAUAAUGGACUGAUCCAGUUUCAGCUUUGGAACAUCAAUGAAAAAUAUUUAUUCCCCAAUCCCUUUGAUAAAAGGUUUUGGGGAGAUGAGAAGGUGGCCAUGCUCGCUGUCUUCUGGGAUGAUGCAGAUCUCACGUUAGGAGAUGGGGCACUUUGGUACCAGAUAUAUUCGGAGAAAGAGCAGAAAGAUGUUUACUCACAGAUAAUAUUCAACAGAACCAACGAAGAAGUGAACAGAUACUUCUGUAAGAACAUCACCUCCAAUUUUACUGCAAAAUGGAUACUGAAAAUAACAUGGGACCAAGUACUGCCAGUCUCUUUUCAGAAAGUAAUGCUCCAAGAGACUAACACCUUCCAGUGUAUACUGACAACAGACGGGACACAUUCCUUUGCAUUAAUGAAAUAUUACAAUAUGUCAUGGAGUCCCGGACAGCGAGUAUAUCACAGAGCCCUGAUUGGGUACACAAACGGGGAAGGUGUUUACUACAAUGAUCCACAAGCAAUGAAGAACAAUACGUAUGGGCCAGCGGGACUAUACCGGCUUCACAAGGUUUUAGGAAACACUAAUGGGACCGGACUGUGGGCCUAUCAGCUGGACAGCCCAAGUAAUAUAAAUAAGACAAACUACCACAGGAAGUGCUGGAGAUGGUAUUACUCAGAGCCGGAUAGUUCUUUGUGGGAAGAUGGACGGCCAUCUUGUCCAUGCCUGAAAUCCCAGGCCGCUAAAGACUUAAAUUAUAUUCCUGAGAUCCUUCCACCCAUAAGCUCUGAUCUGGUUAAGACAUUGAGACGGUUACAGGGCAAUGGGACAACCUUCCAGUCAACUCUCCCCAAUCGAUAUGCCGCUGGACACAGAUGUGUCUAUGACUCGGAAGGAUAUUUGAUAAACGGAUUCAAAGACCGAUACUUUAUAUAUGACUCAAAUCAGGAUGGUGUUCAAAAUCACAUAGAUAAAGAUCUACUCCCUUUUCAGUGGUGCUGCAUUAAUACCCCUCUGUGCCAUUUAUUCUAUGAGAGAAGACCCCCGGUAUCCUGUUCAGACUAUACAUCACCAGGCAUGGGGCAAGUGUACGGGACUUUGCAUUUCACAAUGUUUGAUGGACAAGAAUACACAUUUAAAGGUCUCGGAGAGUUUGUCAUUGUCAGGCUUUCAUCUGCCAAGGGAGCCAACGUCUUCACUCUUCAGGGUCAGACAGAGAAACGGGAGAAUGGAUAUGCAAAUACCACCGCGCUUAUACGAUUGGCCGCAUUCUACCAAGGCACGCUCAAGGUGGAAUGGCGAAUGUCUGAAAACAGGAAAGAUUUGCUUGCUUUAGUGGAUGAUAAACAGGUGGACUUCAGGAAAAAUGUAAUGUACUUCAGCCAAAACAGUUUUUCUCUCCUCAAAAUAGAAGAAAAAAGGAUUGCCAUCGUGUACAGCUGUGGCCUGCAGGUGUCUGUGGGAAUGGGCGAAGGCGCCAUUUUGCAGGCCGUGGUUCUUCUACCGCAGACGUUCCUCUAUAAAACGCUUGGCCUGCUAGGAUUAUGGAGCUCAAGUAAAGAUGACGACAUCACGCAGUCCAAUGGACUUGUUUUGUCUUUCCCGGAGAACGUCCUGCCGAAUGAGGAAAACCUUUAUCAUUUUGGCCUUUCGUGGGUUGUGCCAGCUCCUGAAAACCUUUUGGUCUCUAAGCAAAGUGUGGAACUUCGAAAAGCCUUUAAACCAACUUUCACUACAGCUUUAUUGACCACAGCCGCGCCAACAGCAUUGCGAGAUGCAAAUGAGACAUGCUCAGGAUUAUUCCAAUGUGUACAUGACUACUUGAUGUUCAAUAGCAGCGAUGUGGGCCGUCAGACAGCAAAAGCCUUUAAUGACUUUAAACAGAUGGUAACAUUGUAUGGUAAUGGAGCUCCAAGACUUCUUGAUCCUUCCAUACUUCAGCUGAAAGUAAAUAAUACAUUCAAGGUGAUAUUUAAUGCAUAUGAUGCAAAUAAUGACACAGUAUCGUUUUCACUUGUACGGCCCAUUCCACCAGGAGCUUCCAUUACAAUGAGUGGUCAGUUUACAUGGAUGGUCCAGGAUUUAAGACCUACACAGCUAACCAUACAGUUAAAUGAUCAUCUUUCUGGUUCCAUAUUCAUCCCAAUGGUUCAAGUCUGUAGAUGCAUCAAUGGUGGAACAUGUGAUUACAGCAUCAUUGUUGAAAAUUACUAUGACAUUAAACAUCAGGUUGUUGGCUGUAUCUGUCCAGAUGGAUUUUCUGGAACAUUUUGUUCGAACCAGGCCACACCAUGCCGUGGAGAACCAUGCUUUCCUGAUGUACCCUGCCUGAAUCAGAAAUAUGGUACUCAGUAUGUGUGCAGUAAAUGUCCACCAGGAACUGUUGCCAAUGGUAGAGAUGGCGAGAAGUGUUUUUUGAAUGAUUUGUGUUUGCCUCCUUAUCCAUACCCUUGCCAUGAAAAUGCUGAUUGUAUCAAUUCCAAUAGCUCAUAUACUUGUCGCUGUAAACCAGGAUUCACUGGCGAUGGCAAGAAUUGUUCAGAUAUCAAUGAGUGCCAAAGUUUGACUGCAUGUCCAAAUGCUAAAUACGAAUGUAUUAAUAGCCUGGGCUCAUUCAAGUGCUCUUGUCGCUACAAAAGCAUUGAUGACAUACAGUGUGGUGACUCAACAAAUCCACCAGGUUGGAACAUAUUUAACUGCACCUUGAACUGGAUGACAUGGAACUUUACAGGAAACGUUUCCAAACUAAACACAGCCACUUUCCAAAAAUACGCCAGACAGUAUGAAAAAACUCUAGAAAAUAUUAUGUCCAUGGGAUUUCAGAACAAGUUCUACAAUGUACAGUUCAAGGAAUCUCUGAUAGGAGGAUCAUUUGAAUACAGAAUCAAUGUUUCCAGCGAUACCCCACACUGGUUUGUAAAAGAUUACUUAGGCCGAGUCCAAAGUCUCUAUCAGAUCGGCAGAUCAUCAGUGGAAGAUGUUAAUGAAUGCUUCACCGGUGAGAACAACUGCAGUAGCACCUCCCUGUGUGAGAAUACCUACGGAGGAUACCGAUGUGUGUGUAACACAAGCAUGACACUGGAAGGGGACAACUGUGUGUCUGCUUACAAGUUAGAGUCCGAGAUGUGGGACCCCACUAGCAGUUCUGGAGACCGUGAAAAAUUAAUUAUUGCCUUAGCUUUGGGAUUUGGCAUUCCUCUUGUUCUUCUAUCAAUCCUGCUAAUUUAUUGCCUCUGCUUCAAGAAGAAGACCGGAGAAGCGUUGAUUGCCUCUGCACCACCUGAGAUCCAGGUCGACAAUGUCAAUGUAUAUGACACCAGCGUCUACUGCUCACAGCCAACUCCCUUCUACAAGGUGCACUUCACCCAGCCCAGAGAAUAAGACCCAAAACAACAGCAGAACCCAACAAACACCUACUACCUCAAUGGAGUGUCACAGAAGACAUGAUUGCAACAUGAAGCAGAUGAACAUCUCAGGACAUCACUCCAUCCUAUUAGUCAAACCAGCAAUUUUCUGUAUCUCGUAGUGGCAGCCAGUUAUGUCAGAACCAUUUUUUUUAAAUUACUACUUUAUUCAGAACAUAUAUUUCAGGUUGCUCUCAAGUUAAACCACUUACAGGCAUGCCCCACUUUUAAGUACACAAUGGGGUUUGUUUACUAAAGCUGGAA